AUGUCAGACAAUAAAAACUCAACAUUAUCACAUAGUGAACUCAAAUCAAAAGAAGAGUUUGGUUUAACUGGAGCAACAACUGGAUCAAGUGGAGAACAUUUAGCAACAACUGGAGCUAGUGCUUUAGGUACUAGUGGAGCUAGUGGUGAUAUGGGAAAUGAAAAAUCCAAAAUUGAUAGAUCAACUGAUGGCAUAGGACCAUCAACAACAACAACAGCUUCAUCAUCAACAAUAGCUAAUGAUCAAGGAAUACGUUAG